GCUGUCGCUUUUUCGGCCGCUUGGAACGUUCGCUCCCGGCGCGUUCGGCGGAGAGAACCUUGAGCUCCCCAGCGUUCUAUUCUUCAAAGGGCGCAGGAUCAGGCUAGACCAAAGGGAAGCAAGAUGAGGGAAAUCGUCCACAUCCAGGCUGGUCAGUGCGGCAACCAAAUCGGUGCCAAGUUCUGGGAGGUGAUCAGUGACGAACAUGGCAUCGACCCCACCGGCACCUACCACGGCGACAGCGACCUGCAGCUCGACCGCAUCAGCGUCUAUUACAACGAGGCCACAGGUGGUAAAUAUGUCCCUCGCGCCAUCUUGGUCGAUUUGGAACCAGGCACCAUGGACUCUGUCCGUUCCGGUCCCUUCGGCCAGAUCUUUCGACCAGACAACUUCGUCUUCGGCCAGAGCGGAGCUGGUAACAACUGGGCCAAGGGGCACUACACAGAGGGGGCCGAGCUGGUAGACUCUGUGCUGGACGUGGUGAGGAAGGAGGCAGAGAGCUGUGACUGCCUGCAGGGCUUCCAGCUGACCCACUCUCUGGGUGGCGGCACCGGCUCGGGCAUGGGCACGCUGCUGAUCAGCAAGAUCCGGGAGGAGUACCCCGACCGCAUCAUGAACACCUUCAGCGUGGUGCCGUCGCCCAAGGUCUCAGACACGGUGGUGGAGCCUUACAACGCUACCCUGUCUGUCCACCAGCUGGUGGAGAACACGGACGAGACCUACUGCAUCGACAACGAGGCCCUGUACGACAUCUGCUUCCGCACCCUCAAGCUGACCACCCCCACCUACGGCGACCUCAACCACCUGGUCUCGGCCACCAUGAGCGGCGUCACCACCUGCCUCCGUUUCCCUGGGCAGCUCAACGCUGAUCUCCGCAAACUGGCCGUCAACAUGGUGCCCUUCCCUCGUCUCCACUUCUUCAUGCCUGGCUUUGCCCCCUUGACCAGCCGCGGCAGCCAGCAGUACCGGGCCUUGACCGUGCCGGAGCUGACCCAACAGGUCUUCGACGCUAAGAACAUGAUGGCGGCCUGUGACCCCCGCCACGGGCGCUACCUGACAGUGGCAGCCGUCUUCCGCGGCCGCAUGUCCAUGAAGGAGGUGGACGAGCAGAUGCUGAACGUGCAGAACAAGAACAGCAGCUACUUCGUGGAGUGGAUCCCCAACAACGUCAAGACGGCCGUGUGCGACAUCCCGCCCCGCGGGCUCAAGAUGGCCGUCACUUUCAUCGGCAACAGCACGGCCAUCCAGGAGCUCUUCAAGCGCAUCUCAGAGCAGUUCACUGCCAUGUUCCGCCGCAAGGCUUUCCUCCACUGGUACACGGGCGAGGGCAUGGACGAGAUGGAGUUCACCGAGGCGGAGAGCAACAUGAACGACUUGGUGUCUGAGUACCAGCAGUACCAGGACGCCACGGCCGAGGAGGAAGAGGACUUCGGGGAAGAGGCUGAAGAAGAAGCUUGAAGCUUCACCCGCCACCAUAAACGCGCCCGCACAAAUUAAUUUUUUUUAAAAAAAACAAACACCCACA